AUGCUCGUGAACCCGGGGCUUCUGCUGCUCGACGAGCCGACUUCUGGGCUCGACUCGACUAAUGCGUCGAGGCUCGUGUCGACGCUGCGUGAGCUGGCUGAUGGAGGGAGGAGCGUCGUGAUGACGAUCCACCAGCCGUCGAGUAGGAAUUUUUACAAGUUCGAUAAGGUCCUUUUGUUGUGCGAGGGGAGUCCUCUGUUUUUCGGGAAGGGGUCGAGUGCUCUCGGUUAUUUCUCGGGAAUCAGGUUUGCCCCGAACGUCGCCAUGAAUCCUGCUGACUUCUUGUUGGAUCUUGCCAAUGGUGUUGUUUCGACUGUGGAUUCGGACAAGGAUCGAGCUGAGAUUCAAGAGACGUUGGUGGCGGCUUACGCGACGAAUUUAUCGAGUAAUGUGAAAUCGCAAAUGAAUAAUGUUGGAGAUGAAGGCGCUCGAGGGAUCAAAGAACGGAGGCACGACUCGUUUUCUAUACUCAAGGUCGUCGAGGUUCUCAUCGUGGCUAUUGUGAGCGGUCUAAUCUGGUGGCAAUCCAACACCAGUCACUUACAAGACCAGGUCCGGUUUUUCUUCUUCUACUCGUCGUUUUGGGGCUUCUAUCCUCUAUUUCAAGCUAUCUUCACUUUCCCUCAAGAAUGCACGAUACUUUCCAAAGAAAGGUCUUCCCGAAUGUACCGAUUGUCAUCCUACUUCAUGGCUCGGACUCUUGGUGACCUGCCAAUGGAGUUAGUCCUUCCCAUCGUAGCCUACACCAUAACCUAUUGGAUGGCGGACCUCAGGCCGACAAUAGUAUCCUUUUUGUUGGGCCUACUCGUUCUUUUAUACAGUGUGAUGUGCACUCAAGGGCUCGGGCUUGCACUUGGUGCGGUGGUCAUGGACUCAAAAUCGGCCAUCACGCUUGGUUCGGUUACUAUGCUGACAUCAUUGUUGUCCAGUGGGUACUAUGCUCAGCACGUGCCUAAAUUCGUGGGCUGGAUUAAGCACAUCUCGAUUCCUCAAUACACGUACAAGUUGCUUUUGGCUUCGCAAUACUCGCCUGGCGAGACAUAUCCUUGUGUCGGUAAUAAGACUUGUCGAGUCGAGGAUUUUCCGGCUAUAGCAACUGUCGGGCUCGAUGGUGUUGUCAUUUCUGUCAUCACUAUGGCUGUGUUGCUUGUGGGGUAUCGACUCGUAGCUUAUAUUGCUCUCAUGAGGAUUGGUCGGGCUUUUCUUCUUCUACUCGUCGUUUUGAGGCUUCUACUCUCUAUUUCAAGCUAUCUUCACUUUCCCUCAAGAAUGCACGAUACUCUCCAAGGAAAAAACUCUUCCGGCAUGUACAGAUUGUCAUCCUACUUCAUGGCUCGGACUCUCGGUGACUUGCCAAUGGAGUUAGUCUUUCACACAAUAACUUACACCAUAACCUAUUGGAUGACGGGCCUUAGGCCCACAAUAGGAUCAUUUUUGUUGGGCCUACUCGUUCUUUUAUACACCACUCAAGGAUCCGGGCUUGCACUUGGUGCGGUGGUCAUGGACUCGAAAUCGGCCAUCACGCUUGGGUCGGUUAUCAUGUUGUCCAUGACCACAGCACCAAGGGCAAGACCGAACCCUUGA